AUGUCUAAAGUCCUCGAGCCAAUGAUGUGUUACAAAUGUAAAAGAUAUCAUCUCGGGAUAUGCUAUGAAUCCAUGAGGUCCUGCACCCUGAAGUACAAACAGACAUGUGCUGUUGAAAACGUUUACUUCCUUACCAGAAAAGGGCGGAGUAUGUAUUUUUAUUCAAAACUGUCGUGUAAGGCCAACUGUGAAGACAUCAACUUCUUAAGUUUUGACAAGAGAACAGAGCUCAUCUGUUGCAAACAUAAAAGCUACUGCAACCUCCCCGAAGGCGUCUAG